AUGGUAAACUUGAAUAUCCUUGGAGGAAUUUUGGAGGAGAUCAAUAUCCAUUCCACUCCGGUGGGUAAAAUCUGGCUCACUAUCCUUUUCAUCUGCCGCAUGCUGGUUAUCGGAGUGGCGGCAGAAGAUGUUUGGAUUGAUGAACAGGCUGAGUUCAUCUGCAACACUCAUCAGCCUGGAUGCAGGAAUGUGUGUUAUGACCUUGCUUUUCCAAUCUCCCCAAUCCGUUACUGGGUACUGCAGGUCAUCUCUGUGUCUUCCCCUUCCCUGGUUUACAUGGGCCAUGCUCUAUAUAGGCUGCGGGCCCUGGAGAAGGUCCGACAGAAGAGGAAAGCUCUGCUGUGGAGGGAGCUGGAGGCUGCUGAUGUGGAGCCAGCAGUAGCCAGGAAGAGAAUAGAGAUGGAUAUGAAACCAUUUUAUCAGGAACAGCUUGAUAAAUCUCCCCUGAGGGGGUCUCUAAUGCGUACUUAUGUGGCUCACAUCAUCAUACGCUCUGUUGUUGAAGUGGCUUUCAUGACAGGUCAGUACCUGCUUUAUGGUUUUCAUCUCCUCACACUCUUUAAGUGUGAGCAGGAUCCUUGUCCCAACACAGUAGACUGUUUUGUUUCCAGACCAACAGAAAAAAAUGUCUACAUGGUGUUCAUGCAGAGCAUUGCAGUUCUCUCUUUAUUCCUAAGCAUCAUGGAGGUGAUGCAUUUAACCUGCAUAAAGCUUGAAGUCUGUGCUCGAGUGCACUAG